AGAAACGUGACUAAUGGCGCCUCCCGGCGGUCAGACUCUGCCGGUACAGAGGAGGGACGGGCGGCGAGCUGCCGGUAGGAGAGGUCAUUACCGUGUUCACCGCCUCACCUCCGACACAGCCGUUUACCAUCCGCAGCGGAACAACAGGCUGUUCUCAGACUUUCACCACACCAUGAACAGGCCCACCGAGCCGCGGAGCUCCUGCUAACGGUCCUGAAGAUGCCCGAUGCGUGUUGCUCGGUGCUAGAAGAUGGCGGAGUCGGAUGGUGGAGAUUUUGCUCCGAAAUAUUCGCAGAGCAGUAUGGCAAACAAGAAUAGCACCCUUCGCUGUACUUUCUCGGCUCCAAGUCACAGUGCCACCCUCCUCCAGGGCUUGUCGGUUUUGCGGGCUCAAGGCCAACUACUUGACGUCGUGCUGGCCAUCAAUGAGGAGCGCUUCCAAGUCCAUAAAGCAGUGCUGGCCGCCUGUAGUGAUUACUUCAGAGCAAUGUUUACCGGAGGCAUGAGGGAGUCUAACCAAGAUGCAAUUGAGCUGAAGGGACUGUCUGCCCGAGGGUUGAAACAUAUUAUCGACUUUGCCUACAGCGCAGAAGUGACUUUAGACCUGGACUGUAUUCAGGAUGUCCUCGGGGCUGCAGUGUUUCUGCAGAUGGUCCCUGUUGUGGAGCUCUGUGAGGAGUUCCUUAAGUCGGCGAUGAGCGUCGAGACAUGCCUGCACAUCGGACAGAUGGCCACCACCUUCAGCUUGUCUUCCCUCAAGGAGUCUGUGGACGCCUUCACCUUUCGUCACUUCCUCCAGAUUGCAGAGGAGGAGGACUUCUUGCACAUUCCCAUGGAGCGCCUCAUCUUCUUCCUUCAAAGCAACAAACUAAAGAACUGCAGUGAGAUCGACCUCUUCCACGCCGCCAUCAGGUGGCUCCAGUAUGACGAGUCUCGCCGGGCUCAAGCCAGCAGUGUCCUCUGCCACGUGCGCUUCCCGCUCAUGCGCUCCUCAGAGUUAGUGGACAGUGUUCAGACGGUGGACAUCAUGGUGGAGGACGUGCUGUGCCGACAGUAUCUCCUUGAGGCCUUCAAUUACCAGAUCCUUCCCUUCCGACAGCAUGAAAUGCAGUCCUCGCGGACACUCAUUCGCUCCGACGUCAUGUCGCUCAUCACCUUUGGUGGGACCCCGUACACUGACAAUGACCGCACAGUGAGCACCAAGGUGUACUAUCUCCCUGACAUUGCUUCCCGCCAAUUCAAAGAGCUGACAGAGAUGGAGGCGGGCUGCAGCCAUGCUUGUGUUGCCGUCCUCGAUAACUUUGUGUAUGUUGUCGGUGGACAGCACUUGCAGUACCGCAGCGGCGAGGGGGCGGUGGACAGCUGUUUUCGCUAUGACCCUCAUCUGAGCCAGUGGUUGCGUAUCCAACCCAUGCAGGAGGCUCGCAUCCAGUUUCAGCUCAACAUGCUGCACGGACAGCUUUACGCCACAGGAGGGCGCAAUCGAUCUGGCAGCCUGUCAUCUGUAGAGUGUUACUGCCCGAAGAAGAAUGAGUGGUCCUAUGUGGAACCAUUAAAACGGAGGAUUUGGGGUCAUGCAGGCACUCCCUGUGGAGAGAAGCUGUACAUCUCAGGCGGUUACGGCGUCUCUUUAGACGACAAGAAAACUCUUCACUGCUAUGACCCAGCGUCAGACCAGUGGGACUUCAGAGCUCCCAUGAAUGAACCCAGAGUGCUACAUGCCAUGAUUAGCACCAAGGAUCGCGUGUAUGCCCUUGGUGGACGCAUGGACCACGUGGACCGUUGUUUUGAUGUGCUGGCAGUGGAGUAUUACAUUCCAGAGAACGACCAGUGGACCACCGUGAGCCCCAUGAGAGCAGGACAGUCUGAGGCGGGCUGCUGCCUCCUGGACGGGAAGAUCUACAUUGUCGGAGGCUACAACUGGCAUCUGAACAACGUUACAAGCAUCGUUCAGGUGUACAACACAGAGACAGAUGAGUGGGAGAGGGAUUUGCACUUCCCAGAAUCCUUUGCAGGCAUUGCUUCGACACCGAUUCUACUUCCACAAAACACCACUCAGCGCUAAGCAUCUGACCUGCGACUGUGAAGGUUUUAUUCCAUGUGCUCUUUCUGCCGACCGUUGAGUCAACACAAGGUGUGAACAUUGUCUAAGUGUGUGUGUGUGUGCGCGCGUUUGUGUGUGCUCAUAUGAACGAAUGCCCUGAAAAGCUACUGAACUGCAUUACUCAGAGCUGUGUUUUAUUUUCUCGCCUUGUUUUGAAUAAUGUGUGUUUAUUCAACUGCCAGAUUCUCAUUAAUACUUCAUGUGAAACCUCGUAAGGGUCUCUAUUUUGGAACAGUUUGAGCUUUUGAAUGAAAGCUAUGACCAUUGACCAAGAUGUUGAUAUUUUCAAGUAAGAAGGUCUUGAAGCACACAAUACUCAGAGUAAUAUUCUGUUGAAAUAUAUUAUUGAAAAUAAUUAUUAGACCACUGUUUUCUGACUCUUCCGUUGCAAUUCUUUAUGGAGCUAAACUGUGUUUUCUUCUUAAGGUUGUAAUGGAUUCCACACCGGUUAGUAAUGAAUGUCUUUCUGUAUAUUUCCCGUCUUUUCUAAAAACGAUCAUGCACUUCUCUUCUUGUCAGUAUUGCUGAAUGAUAAUUUAGUUCGGAUUAUCUGUUGACUUUGCAUAUACAACGUAUGCAGGAAAUAUUUGACUCGAAAUAUUUUCAGUCAUCUUUUUAAACAUAAUUUAUUGUAUUAAUUGAAUUACUACAUUUAUACGUGUCUUUAAGAGGCUGCUAUAAUUGUUUAAAAACUAUAAAAAAAUUCAAACAAAAGUACUGUUGUUGAAGUGGACUUUGUAAAGAAAGCAGUUGGUCUAAUAAUUAUUUCUGAAGCUCAAAUCUGUAUAGAGUAUUCUACACUAGCCCAGCUGGAAUAUAUAAGAUCACGGGCAAAUUAACUGGAAACAUGUUUGUUGUAAGAGAUCAUUCCAGAGUAGCAUUAGCUAAAGUUUUACCAAUCAAGGGCUUCAGUUAAAUGCAGCACAAACAAUCUCCUUUGAUUUGUAUCCUAUAAUUUAAUCACUCAUUUUGCUGUGCAAAGAUAUUAACACACUCAACCUUUAUAACUUUGGACAUUUUGAUUGUACAGUUGUGAUUUUUUUAUGUUGUCUUUUUUAUCUUGUAAUUUGAUUAUUCACAUAACUGAGAAUCUUAAUGUUUUAUGUGUGUGUCUCCUGAGAUUUACUAAUCAACCAACCACAUAUCAACACACAGUGAUGAUUGCACAAAAUCGAGUAUUGGAUGUGUUUCGACUUUGAACCAGUUAUUCCACAUUCUGAUGUUAAUGUUUUUUGUUUGAAGUACUACUGCCCUCGCGCUUCCUGAGCUGAAAACGAGUGACACGCGUUGUUUUCUAAAACGACCCAACAAGCCAGUGUGGACCUCUUACGGCAGCUACAUGAUUAAUGUGUGUGUCCUUUAGAGUGUCAGUGUGUGCUGCUGUUUGUGUUAAAGAAGCACUACAACUUGCGUAAAGUACAUGACUUGUCUGUAAGCUACAGUAACAUUUAACCUUGCAACAGAUAAUUGUCAUUUAAAAAGAGAAGAUUUAAUUUCUUAGCUCUUUCUCAGAUUCUUACAAAUGGUUAAUUUACACAUAAAACAUAUUCAAAGUAUCCGUUUUGUCGUGGCUGACUUCAGCUUGUGUUUUUAUUUCCACUGCAUUGCUGCACUUUUCAGAUUUCUGAUGCUGAUUUCUUCAGUGUUCUUAAUGUGUUCACUGAUAAGAAGCAAACCUCUUGUUGGUUUUCCUUUCAAGCAUGACCAUCAACAUGAUGGUGAGGAGCGUCCUUCUUAAAACUGUCUCCUGUCUGCCUUAGUACGUCUUUGUCUUGGUUGGUCUACCUGUGUCAGUAAAAGCACAUUAUAUUGUUGAAGUGCAAUACAAAGGGACCUGCUGUAGUCAAAGGGGAAUGUACACAUUUGUAUAGCUUUAUGUGCUUCCUUUAAUAAAAGUGUCUCAUGUUUUAAAAAUA